GAAGCGACAGCCAAAAAAACUCCUCCCCCGCUCCGGCGCCGCGAGUGGCGGGGGCGGUGCGAGAACCAGAGAGGGAGGGUCGCGGGGGCUACCGGCUCCCUGGCGGCCUCUCCCACGGACCAGGGACUCGGGGGGACCAGCGGGGCCCAGGCUGCGGCGGGGGCGGUAGGAACCACGAUCGUAACAGCAGAGGCUGGGCGAAGCGAUUACGCCUGCGCGGUGCGUGCCCACCCUCCCCCGAGCCGCGCGGGACAGGGGGCUCCAGGGCAGAGGGGGGUGAAAAGGUCACCGAGUCGGGCGCGAGACGCGACUGUUAAUCGGCUAGGGGGAGGGGGUAGGGGCGCGCGCCACGGGUUGGGAACACCGACAGCGCGCGCGCGCUCCCGGGGAGCUGCGCUCGCCGAUUGGUACACGGAGCGGCGCGCGGACUCAGCUAGGGGAGGCUGCUGAUUGGCCGGCUCUGGAGAGGGGCGUGGCGUGUCCCAGCCCGUGCUGCUUGAUUGGUGGCGGACGGGGCAAGGGGGGGAGACGCUUGCGCCCGGUCUGAAGCCGACGCCGGCUCCUAAUUGGCUGCUGGUGAGCGGGCGCGACUGCGUAGGGCGGGGCGCCGUCGGGGAAGAGCAAGGAGGAGCAACCGCCGCGGCCCCCUCCGCUCGCCGCCCCGAUGCCGGGGGGGACCGAGCUGUCGGGGGGCGCCGCGGAGCAGGGGGAGACCCAGGGGCCGCCCUCCGCCGCCGCCGGCCGCCGCCGCGCCCCCGCCCCCGCCCCCGAGCAGGGGGAGGAGUCCGGGGGCAGCCGGGUGCUGAGGGGAGGCCGGGAGCGGAGCCGGGCCGCCGCCGCCGCCGCCGCCGGGGAGGCUGCGGGGGGAGCCGCCGCCGCGUCCCGCCGCAGGAAGGCUGAGUACCCCCGCCGCCGGAGGAGCAGCCUCGGCGCCCGCCCGCCCGAGGAGUCCGAGCCGCCGCCGGCAGCUGCCGCCCCGCCGGGAGCCGGGGGCAAGAAGGGGACCUCGCGCCCCGUAUAUGCGCAUAAAGCAGCUGGUAAAGAUCCCAAAGAAGAGAGGGAGGAGGAAGAGGUUUCCACCAUUCUCACCCACGGGUCUCCUGUCAGUACAACCAGGCCCGGACGAGGCUGGCGCAGCAGCAGGACGGCUGCUGCUGCUCGCCAACGUGACACAGAAAAUUCGCGCAGCUCCAGGUCCAAGACUGGAUCCCUGCAGCUCAUCUGCAAGUCAGAACCAAACACAGAUCAGCUUGAGUAUGAGGUCACAGAAGAGCGUCAGUCUCCAACUGGAAUCAGCAGUGAUGAAGAGGAGGAGAUGCUGAUCAGUGAAGAAGAGAUUCCCUUCAAAGAUGACCCAAGAGACGAAACCUACAAGCCCCACUUAGAAAGGGACACUCCAAAGCCAAGGAGGAAAGCUGGCAAGGGGAAGGAAGAAAAAGAGAAACAGAAGGAGAUUAAAGUGGAGGUGGAGGUGAAAGAAGAAAGUGAGUUUCGGGGAGAUGAGGAGCCACCCAGGAAGAGGGGAAGGAGGAGAAAAGAUGACAAGAGCCCACGGCUGCCUAAAAGAAGGAAGAAGCCUCCAAUACAGUAUGUACGCUGUGAGAUGGAAGGCUGUGGCACAGUCCUCGCCCACCCUCGCUAUUUGCAGCAUCACAUCAAAUACCAGCAUCUGCUGAAGAAGAAAUAUGUGUGUCCCCAUCCCUCCUGUGGACGGCUCUUCCGGCUCCAGAAGCAGCUGCUACGGCAUGCCAAACACCACACAGAUCAAAGGGAUUAUAUCUGUGAAUACUGUGCCCGGGCAUUUAAGAGUUCCCACAACUUGGCAGUGCACCGAAUGAUCCACACAGGCGAGAAGCCUUUACAGUGUGAGAUCUGCGGCUUCACCUGCCGGCAGAAGGCCUCUCUGAACUGGCACAUGAAAAAGCAUGACGCAGACUCUUUCUACCAGUUCUCCUGCAACAUUUGUGGCAAGAAGUUUGAGAAGAAGGACAGCGUGGUGGCACAUAAGGCCAAGAGCCACCCAGAGGUGCUUAUUGCUGAAGCACUAGCUGCCAAUGCAGGCGCCCUAAUCACCAGCACCGACAUCCUGGGCACUAGUCCAGAGUCCAUUGCCCCACCCACCGAUGGCCAGGGCCUUCCCCUCCUCCCUGACCCCCUGGGAAGCACUGCCCCUGGCGAGUGCCUACUGCUGAACCCUGACGGGAUGCCAAAGGCGUACUGCAGUGGGGCUGAGCGCAUGAGCCUGAUGGCCGAUGGCAAGAUCUUCGUUGGCGGCGGUAGCAGCGGGAGCACGGAAGGGCUGGUCAUGAACACGGAGAUUCUGGGAGCCACCACAGAGGUUCUGAUUGAAGAUUCUGACUCUACUGGACCUUAGCAGGCAGGGAGCACGUGGUUGUUGGGACAGCUCGGACUUUGUAUUUAAAAGAAAAAAAUGGAGAAACUUAUUAAAGAGAGAAGUUAAACAAAUUUAAAAUACUAGUAAAUAAACGAAGGGCCUGCUCCCCUCCAGCGUGGAUCACAGCACCCCCCGCUUCCUGACCCCUUCUCUGUCCUACUGCCCCUUUUCAGAAAGGGGAUGCUGCAGUUACUAGAGCGAGACGGAGCAAAGGAAUUCUCCGAGUGAAGGGAAGCAGCCAGAGGCCCUCACUCACCCCAAACCCAGGCGCCUUCCCUGCUCCUCAACAAAUCCCUGUUUGCAAACUUGAAAGAGUUUGGGCUCUGGACCAGCUUCUCGUUCUUAAGACUCCCUCUGCCCAACGUCUAUGCAUUGCUGCAUUCUGCUCCUUGCAGUCUUGUCUUCUUCCUCCUGGGUCUGGGAGUUUGGCUUGGCACUUUAGGGCCCCUCAGCAGGGUGAGCUGUAAAACAGCACCUGUCCCCCCUCUCGCACCCUUCCCCUCUGUCACUGAUGGGAAGUAGAGGGCACGACCUGGCGCUCAGAUGGUGCUCGCUUGCUGAGAUGCUGGGGCUUGGCUCUGUACGAGAGCCCUGUGUGGGAGAGGCAGUGAGAAGGCUCCGAUUGGUGACAGUCAUUUGCACUUUGAACAUGUUGCGUUUUUGUGUGGUGGUAACAAAAGUCCUUAUUUAUUGAUCAGAGGGUCUGGUGUUUUUAAUGACAUUUGCGGGGGGUUGGCUCCUUGACAUCAGUGGAACUCCUCGGGGUUAGCCGUGCUGGAGCAGCAGCUGCUAGGACUGAUCCCCACCACAAAGAGAAUCAGGGUGAAGAAAGCACUACGGAAGCUGAGGAGUUGUUUGUAAACAGGGCAGUGUGACAGGCCCCAUGGGAGGAACUCCAUUUGCAUUGUGGAGUUUUGGAGCAAUUGUUUGCUUUGGGGUGGGGUAGGCAGUGGGGGAUGGGUAGCUUAGUUUAGGGCUCUGAACUGCAGAAACAACUUCUAUAGUGUUCUCUCUCCCUCCCCAGUUUAUUCCAAGCUCCUUGCAUUAACCCUUUUUUUUCUCACUGAUUCAUCCUCACUCCCUGCCAUUGGAAGGAUUAGCACUGAUAGCCAAGGAACUUGUUCCAGUCUUGUGACAGAUGUAUAACUAAGUGGCGCAGGAUAUCACGUUCCCCAUCCAAUUCUGCCUCUCCUUUCCUGAAAGAGAGACAGCUAUGGGGGGAAGAGACUGGGCUCAUGAUUUGAAUAGAGGCAGGCAGACUGACAUCUGGUUGCGGAAAUGGCAACUUCUCUCCCUGCACGGACACCCCUGGGGACAGAGCAUGGGGUGUGUUUCCCCUACACAUGCUCCUUACAAGGCCAGCUUUCGCAAACGUUCCUAGUUUCUGUGAGACAUGGUGUGGUUUUGCCUGAGAGCGAGAGAUGGGCAUGCAUAGCUUCGUAAUUAAGACAUCUCAGAAAGGUUUAGGACAUAAUGUAUCUUAAGUCUUGAGCGCAGAUCUUUGCUCUGUCCAUUGUCAGAAACUUCAUGCAGUGACCUUACAUUUGUUUGCUUUUUGGAAAAAGCGAGGAAUAAUCUGUUUGCUCGUGUCCAUGUGGUUCAGGAGGCAGUUACAAUACCCUGUUUAAACACCGAGCCAGCAAAACUUGUUUGUUGUAGAGCUGGUUGGAAAAUGGAAUUUUUCUGCAGAAAAGUUUGACAAACUAGAAGAAUGUCAUUUUCAUUGGAAAUUUACCACAGAAUGUUUUAACGUGGUCUAAAAACUGGAAACAGGCUGACCGCUGAAAUCUUUCGGGAAAAAUCACAGCAAAAUGUCUUGUUUCUGGUCAGGUCGACCCACAUUUGUCAAACAUAUUGUGAAACAAUUCACUUCAGUUUGGAUCAGUUCAACAUUAAACUGUGUUUACCUGAGCUGCUGCAGGUCACCCUAUGGGGUGGGCUCCCUGGUCAGACUGCAUCUCCCAGGAUGCACCAUGUUCUUCCCUCUUUCUGAUAGAUUGGUUGUCUCAUGUAGUCACGUGGUUGUGGUGCAUCAUGGGAGAUGUAGUCCAGCUGAGAACAUAAGUUGUUAAGAAUGGAAUGGGGUCUUAAGGCAUCGGAGCUACAAUUCCCAGCAGCAGCAGCUCAGGAAGAUUUGCUUUAAUGUCGAAAUGAGACACAACUGACUUUCAUUUGGAAUGUUGAAAUGUCUCGUUUCACUUACAAACAUCAAAACCGGUUUAACAUUUCCAAAUGGAAGAUUUUGGCUUUGGGGCAGGAAGCUGAAAUGUUCUGCAGAUAAUUGAAUUAAAUAAAAUUUGCUCAAAACCAGUUUUGCUGGAAAGCUUUCAACUAGCCCUAGAUAUGUGGUUUUGCUGGCCAGGACGGCUGUGGCCAUCUCCUGACACCUGUGUUUAAAACUCUUCUAGGCUAGGUCCUGACUUUGCAUGAUUAAAAGCGAUUGUGAUGCAGGUUCGUUUUGGCUGGCUGGUCAGCCAGCCAGACGCUGCUCCAGACCAGUUCUGUGGGAGCUCUGUGGAAACCCUCCGUCACGUGGUUUGAAGUGUGAUGCAGACCGGGCCUUCCAGGGAACACUAAAAGGAGAACUUUGCCUUAUCAAUUUCCUUUUAUUUCUAAGGAUGGCACUAAAAUGCUAUUGGGUGGAAAUCUCACUCUGGGGUGGUGCAAUAGCGAGACUGCCCCAUGACUUGCCUGCAGAGUGAUGCAGCCCAGUCACCUCGCCUGGGAAAUAAGGAUGUGGGCUGUUCAACUUCUCCAGUAGAGGGAAAGUUUCUCCCAUUUCCAGCAGGCAGCAAUGAGUGGGUAAUUCGGCUCUGAAGUCCUUCCUAUCCCUGUCACUUCCUUGCCGUCGUCCCACACACUCUUCUGGUUUAACCUUCCUUCCUCCCUCCCCCCUUUGGUCUCAUCCAAUUGUUUCUGUCCUUAAACACAGCCUUCUAACCUCCAGGGCAGGAGAGACCUGUGUAACUUCCAGCCUCGGGUUUAAAAAGCUAAAACUGACACUCAAUGCCUUCCUGCUGCUUCUCCCCCUCCGUGUCUCUCCCACCACUCGCAUGCAGUUUGCUUCAAUAAAUUAUUGUAGUCGUUUGCAAUAAACAUUUUUGUAUUUUUUUCC